AUGAGCCAAAUAAUGCAUGGAGAUAAACAAGCCCAGGAGCUGAAAGCGGUCCCGCUGUCUGAUGGGACUAUAUCCCGGCGCACUGAGAUGGCGCAGGACAUCAAGUCUCAUUUGAUUGACAGAGUCAAGAGAGGAAAAGACGCGUUGCAGUUAGAGGAAUCCAUAGAUGUCGCAAACUCUGCACAGCUGCUCGUUUUUGUCAGAUACAGUUUUGAUGGAAAACUUCACGAAGACAUGCUGUUUUGCACCACACUGUCAGCAAAGUGCACAGAUGGUGCUGCAGCAAUGCUGGGGAAAAAUAAAGGACUUAAAGCAAGAGUUGUACAAGUGGCCCCACACAUAAACUCUACGCACUGCAUUAUCCACAGAGAAGUUCUGGAGAACUGUUUGCUGCUCUCUGCAACGAAAUGGGAUCAGAGCAUCAACGUCUGCUUUUCCACACAGAAGUCAGGUGGCUGUCACGGGGAAACGUUCUCAGGCGCUUGUUUGAGCUGCGGGACGAGGCUAGCACACUUGGCCUGCAUAUUUGACAAGCUGAACGGGUUAAACACAUCAGUACAAGUUGAAAACGCAAACAUCGUGUCACUGAAUGACAAAAUCAAUGCAUUCAAAAGGAAACUGGAUCGGUGGGCUGCACGAGUAAAAACGGGCUGUUUUGACAUGUUUCCUGAACUGGAGGAGUUCAUGGAGGAAAAUGAUUUGUGUGUUAACACCGUUAAGGGGUUUAUCACCAUGCACCUUCAAACCCUCUUGGAACACUUUAUCAAGUUUUUUGCUGAGGAAAAAGCUCCAGAAAAAUAUGACUGGAUAAGAUCCCCAUUCACCGUAACAAGCACACAUCAUUUGUCAUCCGACAAUGAGGACGCACUGGUUGAACUGUCAAGCGACCGCACCUUAAAGAGUGCUUUUAACUCAAAGAUGCUUGCCGCUGAGUUCUGGAUUUCAGUUGAGAGAGAAUAUCCACAGCUUUCUAAGGCUGCAAUUGACAUUCUGAUGCCGUUUGGCUCCACAUACCUGUGUGAAAAGACUUUCUCAACCCUCACAUAUAUUAAAAAUAAAUACAGAUCUCGUCUUAACGUGCAGGAUGAUCUUCGAGUGGCCAUGCCUAAAAUUAAACCCAGAAUGGACUUGCUCGGCUCCAAGCAUAUUGCCCACCCAUCUCAUACAUUUUGA